AUGUCGCACCCUCCACCCUACAAAGCUAGGGCUCCUGUCAGACGGACGAAAACAUACACGGGCUGUUGGACAUGUCGCGAUCGUGGCAUGAAAUGCGAUGAGCAGCGACCCGAGUGCCGUAAAUGCCUAGACGCCGAGAUCCACUGUGAAGGAUACAGUGUGAGGCUGGUUUGGGAAGACGAGCAGAAUAGCGGUCACCGUGUUCAACGACGAACGCUUAUACCAAGGCAAGACCCUGGGCAUUCAUCUCUCACCGUGGACGAGCUCAGCUCUGCGUUGGCUGAGAUCGACUCGGCCGACAUCAAGCCGAACAUCGCUUUUGCAGCAAGCCGUGGGCCAUUCUCCGUUUUCCAAUUCUCGCAAUCAUGGUCACCCAGCCAUGAACCCUCUCUUCCCCAGCGAGUUGGUCAGAUUAAUAGUCUGAUAGCAAAGGACACUGCCACGACUAACCCCGCAGAAGGGAGUCAACAAAGCCAUGUUUAUGCGUCUGCAGCCUCAAUCGUGUCCGCCUCACCGAGAAUCGUUUCCAGUCUUGACGGAAGUGAAGAAGACAACAAUGAGCACUCAUGCAUGGCUGAGGCCAACCUUGCCGAAUAUGAGCAUCCUGAUGCGGCAAUGGCCAUGAUAUCCAUCAAACAGAAAGUUCAACCACAUAUCACGACUUAUAUAUCAUCCGCCUCACCAGACGAGCGUACGCUUUUGCACUAUUGGAUCACUGAACUAAGCGAAAUGAUGCUACCAACGCCACGCCAGGAUAACCCCUUUCGCACGAUAUUUAUUCCCCUGGCGCUUGCAGCAUCGGACUCGAGCAGGAGUUCUUCUGCCAAUGUAGCCUUGCUACACGCGAUAUAUGCCGUCUCUGCCUUCAAUCGGGCUCGAAUUCCAGCUUCUCCUGGAUAUGUGGAGGCACUGGGUACCAAACAUCAUGAAAUCAGUCUCCGUCAUCUGUGGAUGGCUUUAUCGCAGAACGAAGCCGAAGCCGACUCGUCGCACCGGGAAGCUAUUCUAGCCACCAUCAUUACCAUGUCAUCCAUUGAGGUCAUGAUAGGGGCCUCUGCAACCUGGCGUACCCAUCUGGCCGGUGGAAGGUCUUGGUUACGUUCGACCAUAGCAAGCAAUGCCACCCAGAGUGAAUGUUUCUGGACGUUGUGCCAAAUUUUCAUUUUAUCCUUGAACCGCUUGAGACUCGCAACUGUCCCCUUACAAAAACCAUACUGGAUAAGCAUUAUUGCUUGGAGGAGCUCUUCGGAAUUACGAAAUCGACGUUGGAGGCGAUCAUGA